AUGGUCACUGUCACCACAAACUCCAGCUGUUCCUCUCCUCCCGGGCCCAGCUCCAGAGACCAUCUGUCUGGGUGGCUUCCUUGUGGCCAAGGAUGUCUGGGCAGCUCCCUGCAAAUAGGCUGCGGCCAUUCGCUGUGGAGGUGGCCCUGUUUGGGGCCUCUGUCCUGGCCCUGUCUGUCUGGACCCAGAGAUCCAGAGACACUCCCCCUGCCCAGGCGGUGUCCUUCCAGCACCCACAGAGGGCCCUGGGGGCUCUGCCUGGAGCCCAGGGCUGUGUGGGGACCCACCUCGGUGAGCCAGGGGAGCAGACCGCACUCAGCCUGGCAGACAAGGCCACCGGCUUUGGCCUCGGUCCUGCCCUGGGCUGGCUCCAAGUGGCCACUCACUGGGAACCAGGCCUGGGAAGGCUGGACACCACUGGACACAGUCCCAGCGUCUUCCCAGCCUGUGACCUCCUUGGCUCUCCAGUGGCCUUCUCUGACCCUGGAGAAUGAGCUGGCUCCCCCCAGCAGGAUCCAGGGUCACCAGGAGGAGCAGGAGACCUUGGGCAGCCACUUGCCCCAGUGGCCGGUCACCGCCAGAGAUUCUGGCCACAGCCUGCCCUGGCCUGUCGGCACCAAACUUCAGAUUCCCAGAGAACCACCCAGAGAGGGACGGCCGUGCCAGGGCCGCGGACACCUGGCUGCCAUCUUGGAAUCUGGAGCUGGUGACCAGCAGGCUUGGGGCCUCAGGGUCUCAGCGCUAGCCAUUGCCCCAGGGGACAGAGGGGCCUUGGGUGUUUGGCUUGGGGUUGCUGUAAAUAUCGCCACCCCAAACCACCACCAGAUUCCCUCACUCCAAAAAGUAGUGGUGAAUCCAGAAGCCCCUGGGGGUGGCCCCCGAGGGAGCUGGGGAGCAUCCGGCAGGAAGUGCUGCCGCCCUCCUCGCCCCCAGGACUCACCCCAGGAGAGCCCAGAACUGGGCACAGAGGACACUCACUGUGGUGCUGAGAGAGACCACUGUCACCUCCAACAGAACAGGGCUGGCCACCCGAGCUCUGCCUCCCCGCCUUCUCCCAGCAUCUUCUCCCUCCUCGCGGCCUCUAGCUGCCCCUGUAUCGCCAGGAAAGAGCAGCUCCCGCCUCCCGUCGGACCUGCCACCACCGCAGUCCUGUCUUCCUCAGAUGGGUCACAAGGGCUCAGGGGUGCUCUUGUGCCCCAGGACCUUUGUGUGUGCCUCUCUUCCAGCCUGGGGAGUGUCCCUACUUCAUCUUGAGGGCUUCAGUCCUGGGGCCGCCUGGACGGACGUAGGGGAUGGGCGUGAGGAUGCAGCCCGAGCGCUGGGCCCAGCUCCUGGCACAGGGUGGGCCUCAGGGGCCUUGGGAAUGAGGGCUGAGGGAGUGAGCGGCGUCACCCGAGGCGGGCCCUGAUCACGAUGCUCUGCACUUAAACAUGGGGAUCCCCGUCAGUGGCUGUGCACCAGGGUCCAGGUUCCUCGUCGGGAAGCGUGGCUGGAGGUCCCCAGGGCUGCAGCGGGGGCUACUCGGAGCCCCAGAGCCUGGGACAAAGCAGGGCUGGACACACGGGGAGGGGACAGGGUGCUGCCCUCUUCCUGGGGCAGGCUUGGCCUCACUCCCACGUUUCCCUGGCCAUGUCCCUCUGGCUGGACACAUACACGGGAUGCUUCAGAGGGCAAAAGCAGCCAAGCUCUCUCGACAAAGUACAAGGUCAGCACCUGGCAGACACCGAGGGCAGCCGCAGGGGCUCAGGCUCCGGGGCGUUGACAGGGACCCAGGUUGACCUAGGACCCCAGUAACGUGUGUGACAGGUGCCACUGCAGGACCUCAGUGAGUGUGCCACAGUCACUCAGCCCCAGGUGGCUACUGGGAUCCUCGCUGCUCGCUUUGUGGCCCGUGAGCAGGUGGCUCGGUGGCCGGGCUUUACAUUUCCCUUGACGGGUAACACCUAAAUAUAAACCAACAAAAGCCCAGCGUCAGCCCCUGCUCACUGCUCAAGACCGGGUCAGAUUCUCGGCUAAGAAAGAACUGGGUGAUGGAUUGGGUAAUGAUUCUUGGACACUGGAAGAAUCUGUCCUCAGUUUUCCGCGUUGGCGCUGGGUGGCUGCAGGGUGACGCACUCCCAAGCUCACCCCACCUUAGCGUCUCCUCUAAGGUGACGCUUGCCCAAGGCUGCGUGGUCAACAAGGCCAUCCAUCAAGGUUGGCCAAUUCCUUGGAGUCAAUACUUCUGCCGUGGCCUGUCACAAGCCACCAAAGUCCCUGGACAGGAUUGGAAGUCACUGAAGAGUGCCGGGCGGCUGGGUGUGUCUCCACCACGUAGAGAAGGGGUGGUGGCUCAGGGCGUAGACGCUGGUGAAAUGCCCUGGGCAGCCCCGGGCCUGGACCGCUGCUGGCCUUGUUUCAAUCUCAUGCACACCAUGUUGGAUUGUCAACCUGGGCGGGGGUCAGCAGUGUUCCCAGACGUCCUGAGAACCUGUGACCGCUUCCUUGGAGCUGGUCCGAACACACUCCGCCAGGAGGGACUCACCUCUGUUCUGCACAGCCGCCUCCAGAUCUCCACUGGUUCAGUUCCACGCGGCCAGUCAGUGCUUCCUCAGUGCGCCAGGCAGGGGUGGGUGGGCCAGAACCCCCCAGAGUGAGCCCAGGGACUGCAGAUGUGACAGGACCCUUCCGAUGGGGAACCCGAGGCCGGGGGAAGUGCUGGCCUGGCCUCUUGCUCUUCUGCCCCACAAGAGAACCAGGCAGUGCAGGUGACCCGCAGCCCUGGGCCCCGGGACUUGACUCCUCUCCUCCCCUUCAGGAUGGCAGUGGGCCCUUCUCCCUCCAAGGCCGGGUGGCCAGGAGCAGGAGUCCUGCUGAUUCCUGUCACCCUUGUACCUGGACACCACAGAGGGACAAGAUAGCCAGUGGCCAGGCCCAUGGGGCUGGCGUGAAGGGGAAGGGGCCGCAGGGUCGGAUAAGAGGAUGGUGGGGGGACCAUGGGGACUUGGCAUUUGCCGGGGCAGGUACACAACCCAGAUUGAGGGUGGACAGAGAGGAGGUGGCCCAUCCAGGGUCCACCAAGGCACGUUCUGGCCACCAGUGCUCUGAGGUCCCCAGAGAGGGGUGAGGGUCCCGGCAGCCCAAGGGACCCUGUGUGGGCUAGAGCAUGCCACCAGCAUAAGAGCACGGCCUUGCCUCCCGCUAGACGGGGCAGGGUGGAUGCAGGGUCAGCAUCAAAAGCGGUCAGGAGUCGGAGGUGGGUGUGUGACGGCCACGAACUGGGCCUGCCUGGUUGGCUCCUGCUCUGGGGUCCUGGGGCUGGGGGACACCUGCUGAGGAAACCCGAGGGGCCCAAGCAUCAGUGGGCUCCAUCUCAAAGCAGCAAGGGAUGCUGGGAAUGUCCCACGUGGCCCAAUAACGGAGGCCCAGAGAGGGUGCUCGUCACUCAGGUCUCAGUGCACAGCAGAGACGCUAGGUGGCCGACACAUACGUGGGACCGAGCCGGGACAGAGCGGGGCCAGGCCAGGGCUGGGCCAGGGUUGGAGGGAGCCCCGAGGGGCCGCGGGGAGAUGCCUGGGAGCCGUCUCCUAGCGACGGGCUUCCCGCCGCCCCGCGCGGGCCCCUUGCUCUGGGCACUGCCCACCCUGACACGGACGGCAGGGGCUGUUCAUUGCUCUUCUGCAUGAAUAAGCGCCAGGCCUCCUGCCAAUUGUUCCCCUCUUAAAAGGCAGCCCCCGCGAAAGCCCUUUUCAAGUGGGACCGCGCGGUGCCACCCAGGCCGGGCGGGCAUUGUUGUGAGCUGGGGUCCCGGCUCCGCGGCUGGGGUCGGGGGCCACACAAAGCAUCACGAGGGAGGCUUCGUGCGGGGCCCCAGCAGCCCCAUUUAUGAAUCUGCAAAACCUGAGCCACCGACUCCCGAGUGGAGACCCAGUGAGGACGGCGGCCCUGAGGAGGGGGCUCUGCAGGAGCAACUCUGGUCCCUCCUUAUACCGCUUCUUUUUUUGGGGGGGGGAUUGAACUCAAGGUCACUCAGCCACGGAGCCCAGCCCCAGCCCCCGACAGGGGCUUGCUGUGUCACUUAGCAUCUUGCUGGAGCUGAGGCCAGCUUUGAACUGGAGAUCCUCCUGCCUCAGCCUCCCCAGCCGCUGGGAUCAUAGGCAUGGGCCACCGCACCUGGCCUUACACUGCUUCUAAUGGGCUGCAAAACCCUGGCACCAGGUGAACCCAGAGCCCGUCAGGGGCUGAGAUGUGCCACUGGCUGGGGGACAGGCCGGUGCCCUGCAGGAGCUGACGCGGGACCCUUGCAGGGGCUCAGGAAAUGGUCUGGCUUGAGUGUGCAUUUGCACACGCACCCCCCCCCCAACACCACCAGCAGCUGCAUCCCAGAGCUGCCUGCAGAACUGGCUGCCGGGACCCGCAAGUGGCAGCGCAGGGACAGAGAGCAGGAGGCUGAGGUAGGGCGGGGAGGCGAGGCCGCCCCUGGCCUCCGGGCCACCAGGAGGAGUCACGGUGGGGGAGGGGCCCACAUCACCUCCUAUUUGGUCCCAGGUGGGGUCCACUGGACACCGCCCCUUGGCCUUCCCAGAGCGGGUGACCUCUCCAGAGGCCCUCAGCCCAGGAAGUCAGUGGCCCAGGCUGGGGUCCCCGGAAGGCUGGGGGCUCCCUGGAGAAGGUCUGCCCGGCAAGACCCCCUCUGCAGAGACCGUCCUGCCACACUAGGGAGCACCCCAGAUGGCUCGGGGAUGUGCAGGGUGGCCACCAGAGUCUACCCCCUCCUCCCUGCUUCGACAUUUUCCACAGCCAUUUCUAAAGGCUUCACAGCUUCUCAUAGGCUAAGUCUCGGUCUCCCCUAGAGCCCAGCAAACCACUGCCCACUGGAAACAAGCCCAGAUGUCCACAGAGAGCUGCCUCGUGCCUGGAAGUUCACAGAAACCACAUUCACCCCACCCCACUGGACGUGCCCUCACGUCCACCAGCAGGCAGACGGUAGAUCCACGCCAUGGAAUAUUACUCAGUGGAAAAAAAGGGACAGUGCACGGUACACACAGCAGCCACGAGCCUUGAAAUAGCGUGCUCAACAGAAGAAGCCAGAACCAAGGAGGAGACACCAUUUAGUCCACGUAUGCAAAGCCCAAGAGCCACCAUGUGACCCUAUGGUGAUUCACUAGGAGGGCACCAGGGAACUGUCCAGGUGAUGGAAAUGUCCUGUGUGGACCCAGGUAGGAAGUCAUGAGCCUUCACAUCAGAACCGGCGUUUCACUGCAUGUAAAUGGAACUUGAAUUUAAAAGAAAAACAGCUCAUUAUGAUGGAAAGAUGGAUACAUACGAGGUGGAGAAGACGGGCCUCCAGCACCUGGGAGGAAGGACAGAUUCGGUCCCGUCCUGUGCUGUGUGACCCUGGUGCAUUACGCACCUCUCUGUGCUCCUCUUCCUGCUUCAGGGCGUGCUAAGAGGAGAUGAGCCCUGCCCGGUCAGCCCUUCCUGAAGCCCCCUGGCUCAGUCUAGGGAAAGAAGGGACUCGGGCAGCCUCCCACACCACAGGGCCCGCCCCUCCUCGAGCCUGGGAAAGAGGAGGUUUCUGCUCCCUCCCCCAGGGGCCUGGGAGGUCAGCGGGCGGGGGAGGGGUGCUGUGGGAAGGAGCAGCGUCCAGGCGGCUCCCACUGGGUCCAUCCCCUGCUCUGUGCUUCAGAUGACCACGGUUUGCCCCCUGGGCACGGGGCCCUGGGAGCAGGCACUGAAUCCUGCACCCACACCCUUCAGGCCCCUCUGCCCUGCACAGGGACAGCCCAGGUCACUGAGGGCCAAGCCAGACCCCGGUCCAGGCCCCUGGGCCCUGGGCAGGUGUCCUCCAGGGGCAGCCGGAGACCUCUCAGAGCCCCUGGUGAAUGAGGGCACCUGCCCCCGCGGCUCCCAGGAAUCAAACCCAACCACUCAAGUUAGUGUCCCCAGCACUGGCCACAGAGAGUGACAAGGUGCCUCAUUCAAGACCAGAAGGACCAGGGUUGGUGGGAGGGACAGGCUUGACCCUGUGGGGACACGUGGGCCUGGAGGAGGGCGCGUCCCUCUGUGCCAUCUGAAGGAAGCCCUGGCAGACUAACCACGGGCAUCGGAAGGGCUCCAGCCUCCCUCUUUCCACGGUGUCAUGUAUGUGCCUGUCCUCUGGGCCAGCGAUGGCUGUGGAGGUGGCCACCCGGGGAAGCCCCCAGGUGUGCACUAGAGAACCAGCCGGUCUGGGAGGCUUCAGCCAGUGUCCCCUGCUGGCUCUGAGCAGAGGUGGAGUCCCCAGGAGGGUGCAGGAGGGGCCGGCAGGAGGAGAGGUGGUGCUGGGCAGGCAGCGAGUCCCCUGAGGACAGCCAGGCUGGCCGGCAGGCUGGGGACCCCUUGCUGUCCUCAGUGCUGGUGGUGGGUGUGAGGUGGCCCAGGGGGUCUGCAGAGCCUGAGGAGCAGCCCGUGUGCAGUGGGCACGGGAAGCUGGGCUGCCACUCCAGGGCCACAGCGGGGCAGGGCGGAGGCCGCAGACGGGACAAAAGGAAGCCAGAGAGGCGGCUGGGCGGGGGCCCAGGUGCCCUGCCCAUGGCCAGGCCCGCGGAGGGCCUGGCAGGCUGGCACUACAGUGACGGUGUCCCCUCCCUGUCCUCUGCCGGGCGUCCCUGAGCCCGGCCUGGUCUGGUCCCCAGGCAGCCGAGGUGCAGAGCCUGUGUGGGGCCGACUCUGGCCGGGCUUUCCUCAACAGCUGUUAAGUGGGUUCCAUUCGGCCAGCCGAGGGACGCGGGGACUCUCCCCGCAGGGCUGCUCAGGCACCAGGGGGCCUGUGGCUGCGGGUGUGAGCCCAGGUGUCCGUGUCGGCUCGCGAGGGUUCACACACGCUGCCCGUGCACCCGUGGGCUGAUGCCGCAGGCCGGGCACCUUGGUCACCCCCACAGCGUGGGUCAGAGCUAACGCACGGGGCACCUGCCAGCGCUCUGGUGACUGCACGUCUGGGACCAGGAGUGUGUUCGCGGAAGAUGCGACCUGGGAACCCGCUGCACUUGCUCACAGGCGUGGGUGUCUGUGGGGACGCAUGGGUGUGCCUGGCGUGAGCUGCAACCAGGCUCAGGUCACUCUGACUCGGGUGUGGCCUGUCCACUCAGGGCUCUGGUGCACGAAGCCUGGUGCCCAGUGGCAACAUGAGAGGUGGGGGACCUUGAAGGACCCUUCCUGGUGGGGGUCUGUAGGCCCCUGGGGGAUUGCGAGGGCUCUCCUGGGACCCCUGAACGGCUCCUGACGCUGGCUCGGGUGUGUCCCUUCCUCCCACACGUGCCCCAGCUGUCGGGAUGCCACCCACCAGGAGAAGCCCAGACCAUGCCUGUGCCUCCCCUUGAACCUGGACUAUCCACUAAAUAAAGUUACAAACUUAA